AGUGACUCGAAUCGAGUGCAACGGAGAACAGAAUGCUUGAGCACUUAUUAGUCUGCUACAUACUUCAAUACCAUUCACAUACAAAAAUAAUGCACAGUCGGAAGGAUGGAACAGUGGCAUACCCGCCACAUUGGACACUGCACCCAAAAGGCGCAGGUGCCUGCUGGUUGGGCGCCAAGACGCACUGUCACAUUACUCCGCUGUGAGAUCUGGAGAUAUGCAGCGGCCUCUCCCGGAUUCGAUUUAUUACGCUUUGACAGGCGAUCACGGUGACCUGCAGUUGAAAAUGUGCCACAAAGAAACGGCUUUGUGGACCGGUCAUAAUGCGGUCCAUGGAACAUCUCUGGGAUCUUCGGGAGGUGGGGAAAUCACAGGCUGGGGGCGUUACCCUUCUUUUGCUCCUUUCCCCGCCUUGUGCACCAGUAUCUCCCAUUUCUGUUCCUCAAUUCUUCACCUCAUCCUUAAUACACCCUCAUCACUUUCACCCAUGUCAGCCAUACAUGAGUAUACGCUGAUAGAGAACGGGGACAUUCAGUGCGUUGGCGUCUACCCGGGAGUACACAAAAGCAGCUCACAUGCAGAGAGCACCACCACACCGUGCUACACAGUCGUAUGCCAAACACUGCCAGUAUAUUUGUACCAGGGGAGCACACGUUCCGGUGACCAUGCAGAAUACGAGGCACACCCGGUGCUGCUAUCGCAUGUGGCAGAUAUCCAUGGGCCAGGGUUCGACGGGUGGUUCCAGGCAACCUCAAAGCACUACGAGUUUAUUGAUCUGCGGGGGCGGCUCCUGAAGUGGAGCGUGCGGCUACUGUCGCGGACAUGGAAGCUGACAGACCAGCAGGGCGAGAUCGUUGCGUAUUUCCGGCGGGUGGGGCCGAGCCUGCGGCGUAUUGGCACCGUGGAGAUUGUGCGGGCUGAGGAUCUGGCUCAGCUACCGCUGAUAAUCCUGUCGUGGCGGCUCGUGGAACUGCAUAGGUACAUGAACGACCGGUCCGUGAAGGUGUGGGCGACAACAGACCCGCUGCAGAAGGACACCAACGAACAGGAGGUCAGUGGGGUGGGGCAGUUUAUGUAGAAGAGCAGGAGAAGCGCUGGGUUUGGCCGAAUUUUGUAGUAAUUUUCAGUUCCUCUGGAGGUUCCACGUAGAAACUCUUUUUUGCAUGUUUUAUUUCUCCAA